UCAUAUACCUUUGUUGAAUCAUGGGAUAGCGCAGCAUGCCAAGAAAAUGCCGUCAGAACCAGCAGAUUGUUAACAGGCCACACCCUAAUUGGAAACACACAAGGAGGUCAAUACGCACAUUUAAAAAAUAAACUCAUUGACUUGUUGGACGAAGAAAAUGAUGCUUUUGGAAAAAGUUUAAACGACUUAGUACACGAUGAGGUAUUCAGAAACACUUUUAGCAACCUAAUGCAUGAGGACAGUUUCCAAAAAAAGAGCUACCGCAAUUUAGAUGCAUCAUUUGAUGACGUGAGAAGAAAAUACAAACACUUUAUGAAAAAAUUUAGAGUGUACUUACCACCAACAAUAAACAUGGGUAUUUUAAUGUUAAUGUUGGUAUUUAAAUCAACCUUAUAUUACACGAACAUCUUUGCGUUCUUGUCAUUCACAUUCUUUGCAAUGAUUUCUUACUAUGGAUAUAAAUUUGCAAAACUUCAGAGAAUAAGAGAAUCUUACAAAAGCUUUGACAGAAAAAAAGGUUUCAGAAAACCAAUUAAAUACUAA